AAACCCUGUGGUCACAGAGCCCAGUGCAAAAAAGGAGAAGUUUCUCAGAGAAGGAGAAGGACAGUAUCAAAAAACUGAUAGUGUGUCAAGGCAAACCCUUGGUUCUCAUCUCCGCCAGCCAACCCCGGGCAGGAAGCGAUUUCCAGCCCCUUCAGCCCUGGACCUGGGGUUUCCUUCUCUCCAGAGACCAUGGCUCCAGGAACCCUGGUACCACUGAUGGCACUGGCCAUCUGGCACAGUCAGGCAGUUCCUAUGAUUGAGCCCAAAGGUCCAGAACUGGUGGUGGAACAAGGACUAAAUGUAACACUUCAUUGUGUGGGCAAUACCACGGUGGACUGGGUCAGUGAUGUGAACUGCAACACCACUAACUGUAUUCAGCAAUCCAUGGGCAACAUCAACACCCUUACUAUCAUCAACACUACAGUUAGUCAUACGGGCACCUACAAAUGUUUGGAGAAAGGGACAGGAAACAUGGAUGGAGACAACUCUGCUGCCUCCCUGCAUCUCUAUGUAAAAGAUCCAGACCGUCUUUGGAGUGUCCCCAUCAAUAAGGUCAUUGAGUUUGAGGGCAAUGAUGUGCUACUGCCCUGUAGGAUCACAGAUCCCGCAGCAGUGUCUUCAGCGUCUCUCGAGAGAAACUACAAUAAACCUGUCAGGGCCAAUGUCACUUUUGACCCUUGGAAGGGCUUCACCAUCCACAAGGUGCAGUUCAUCCACAGGGACAUUUACAUCUGUAAGACUGUGGUUGAAGGGAAGAAAAGAUUAUCUUCCAAGAUCCGGCUGACUGUGGAAAAAGUCCUCCCAGGGCCUCCAAAGUUGUGGCUAGACCCUCCUGAGAUGGUUCGGAUACAAGGAGAAUCUGCCCAGAUUGUCUGCACAGCCACCAAUAUAGACACAAGAUUUGAUAUUGUCCUCAAACACCAGCAGAAGGAGAAUAAUUCCCUGGGACAAUACAACUAUAAAUUUAUUGACAACUAUCAAACUACCAUCAACUAUACCAUCAGAGAUGUCAGCCCAGAAGAUAGUGGUACCUAUAUCUGUAAGGCUUCCAACCAUGUGGGCUCCAGCAUUUCUUUUUCAGUUCUAAAGGUGGUAGAGCAGGGGUACAUGAACCUGUCUUCUGAGCAAAGCCUCCAGCAAGCUGUGGUUGUUGGGGAGAAUUUGGACUUGAAGGUCAAUAUUGAGACUUAUCCUAAACUGCUUUCCUGGAAUUGGACUUAUGAUGGCCCCUUUCCCGACUCCCACCACAGACUUCAGACCUCCCUAUCAGGGAAAAUAUACAGGUUCAACACAAAACUCACUCUGUCUCGGCUGAAAGAAUCAGAAGCUGGGUAUUACACCUUUCAUGCUGAGAACUCGGAUGCUAAGGCUUCUCUCCGCUUUGAGGUUGUCCUAUACCAUCCUCCAGAAGUACAAGUGCAUCAGGCAUCCCUCAACAUCUCUAAUGCCCUUCGCUGCACUGCUUUUGGAUAUCCAGCCCCUGAGAUUACAUGGUACCGCUGCUUAGGCAAUAAAGAAAGCUGCAACCAGGACAGAGUGUUGCUGUGGCAUGAUACCAAUACCUCAGUCUUGAGCCAGGAGUCCUUCAAAAAAGUGACAGUCGAGAGUAUCUUCCAUAUCCAAACCCUGAUGGAAAACACCACCUACAUGUGCAUGGCCAGCAACAACGUUGGGAACAAGUCAUCCAUCUUCUGGCCCAUCCUGAGAGCUCCAGAACCCGUCGUCCGGCCUGACAAAGACAGCCUCUUUUUCCCUGUCGUCAUCGCCUGCGUCACCAUCGUGAUGCUACUUUUUUUUCUGCUCCUCCUGCUCCUGUAUAAAUACAAACAGAAACCCAAGUACCAAGUGCACUGGAAGAUCAUUGAGGCCUGCGAAGGGAACAACUACAUCUUCAUUGAUCCUACACAGCUGCCCUAUAAUGAGAAAUGGGAGUUCCCCCGAAAUAACCUUCAGUUUGGUAAGACACUUGGAGCUGGAGCCUUUGGAAAAGUGGUGGAAGCCACAGCCUUUGGACUGGGGAAGGAAGAUGCUGUGCUCAAGGUGGCUGUGAAGAUGCUGAAGUCCACCGCUCACACGGAUGAGAAGGAGGCCCUCAUAUCAGAACUCAAGAUCAUGAGCCACCUAGGGCAGCACGAGAACAUCGUCAACCUGCUGGGAGCCUGCACCCACGGAGGCCCAGUGCUGGUCAUCACAGAGUAUUGUCACUACGGUGACCUGCUCAACUUUCUACGCCGUAAAACAGAAGACAUGUUGGUGCCAACCCUAAGUUCUGAGCCUGAUGGAGGCCCAGGGUACAGGAACAUCCAUCUGGAGAAGAAGUAUAUCCAUGGCCAGGGCCUGGACACCUACGUGGAGAUGAGACCUGUUUCCUCCUCCAGUUCCUUCUCUGAGCAGGACCUAGACCAGGAGGAUGGGCGGCCUCUAGAGCUCUGUGACCUGCUGCGCUUCUCCAGCCAAGUGGCUCAGGGAAUGGCUUUCCUCGCUUCCAAGAACUGUAUUCAUCGGGACGUAGCUGCUAGAAACGUGUUGGUGACCAGUAGUCGUGUAGCCAAGAUCGGGGACUUUGGGCUGGCAAGGGACAUCAUGAAUGACACUAACUAUGUGGUCAAAGGCAAUGCACGAUUGCCCGUCAAGUGGAUGGCCCCAGAAAGUAUCUUUGACUGCGUCUACACGGUGCAGAGUGAUGUCUGGUCCUACGGGAUUUUGCUCUGGGAAAUAUUCUCACUAGGUUUGAGCCCUUACCCUGGCAUCCUGGUGAACAGCAAGUUCUAUAAGUUGGUGAAGGAGGGAUAUCAGAUGGCCCAGCCCAACUUCUCUCCCCCAAACAUAUAUAGCAUUAUGCAGGCAUGCUGGGAUCUGGAGCCCACUCGAAGACCCACCUUUCAGCAGAUCUGUUCUCUUCUUCAAGAGGAGAUGGAUACUACUAGUAAAAAACAGGACUAUGCCAACCUGCCCAGUAGUGGCAGCAGUGAGGAAGAAGACAGUGUCACUGAGCCCCUGGACUGCUGUGACCAAGUGGACAGCAGCCAACCCCUACUACAGGCCAACAAUUAUCAGUUCUGUUAAGUCAGUUGGUUCUUCUAUGAAAGGAUUCACAUGGAGCAUGAAGAGAUGAUGAUUUAACUAUUUUACUGAAGGGCUGGGUCCAAGUUUGAAGCUCAGGAAUAUAAAUAGGCUAGCUAUUUCUCUGGGAACCCAGUUAUUUUUGUAUACCAGGGUACAAAUGGCAUAUGAUAGCUACAUUCCUGUUUAGGCCCUUCUCAACCCAUUGGUGCUCUAACAGUCUUUUUUUUUUUUUUUUUUUUUUUUUACCAUCUAUUACUACAAAUCAUCUCAGCAACUUUAUCCUCUCUCUCUCCAACUUAAGAAAUUUUUGCCUUUAUGGCUUAGAAUUCCUCUGUACCCAUUCCCUAUGGAAGACUAAACUUAACUUCAGGAACUGAAAAACAACUUAACUGGGUGUGAGACCCAAAGGCCAAACAAACAAUCCUGGAGAGGCAGCAUGGCAUGAAGGAUGGGAUGAAGAAUCUAAGACCUGGGUUUGAACCUCACCAUAAUUACUUAUUAGCCAUAUGGCCUAAAGCAAAGGCCUGCUUCCUCUUCUAUAAAAUGACGAAGCUGGAUUCUAUUAUUUGUAAUGUCCCUUCCAGCUUUAAAUCUAUAAGCCUACAGGAACAGGUACGGGCUUGGAUAGGCUGAGUGAUAGGGCAGAGAAAGUAAUCAUCAUGUCUAGAAAGUGUCAGCCAUCAGUAGUAGCAAAAGCUAGUUCUCAUCCUCCACCACUAUCCCCCCAAUUAGCUCAAAGCUUACAUGCAGCAUUUCUGCCAUAAAUAAAUCCAGGGUUUCAUUUCCUUGGGGAGGCAACUUAGCAAAUUAAUUUUGUAAAAGCCUAUUUUUGUAGUUUUUUUUGAUUAAAGUGAUGGUAUUCCUAAGCUUCCUUCUUUAGCUGUUUAUACCCUGCUUUGGGUUAUUAUGGCAUUAAAAAGUCCAAGGUCUAAUAAUAAGUCCAUCAAGGCUUACUUUUGUUGGCCCUUUAAAUUAUCAGUCAUUGCUCUGAAGGCUGGCUGACCUUGGCAUUUGGCUGGGUAGGCCUGAAAUGUACCUAAAAGCAUUAAACUAAGCUGUCUACUUUUAAUCAACAGUCACCUCACAUGAUGUCAAAGUCAAUUAAACUAACAACAUUAACUCAA